AGUUGGCUCUUGACUCUCCCACGCUGCAGUCGGUGGCUCUGGCCGGAAUCAGAACCGGAAUCGGAAUCGGUAUCGGAAUCGCAAUCCGAAUCGGAAUCGGAAUCGGAAUCUUGCCCGGAUUGCAUAGAGCGUACUGGGAGUGAGAGAGUGGUUCGUCACACUUGCAGUUGCAGUUGCAGCAGCAGCAGCAGCAGCAGCAGCAGCGUAGUGGCAGCAGCAAAAAUCAACAAAAUCAACAAAAGGCAACACAAAAGACGAGUGCAAGGACAGGCCAAGAAGAAGCAGCAGUACAAAAAGGAUAAUUGCAACAGCAAACAUAAGAAGUAAGCCAGGCAACUGCAACAGCAACAUUUGCUGCAAGUGCAGCUCCCACAGCCAUCGCCGCCGCCAAGUUCAAAAUCAACGCCUGACAAUGACAAAGGCAGCAGCAGCAGCAGCAACAGCAACAGCAACAACAACAGCGGCAGCAACACCAAUCAAAACAGCAGCAGCAACCAAAGCAAUAACAAUCAAUGGGCCCCAAACGACAUGGCGACGUCAACGAGGCUGCUGCACAACAACAACAACAGCAGCAAUACGAAACAUGCAGCAGCAAAAGCAAAAGCAACAGCAACAAUCGUACUUGCAACGCCUUAAGGCGGCCGGUCGACUGGGGGCGUGGCCGCCACCAAUGACGUCGUUGCUUUGGCUGCCAACUGACUAUCUCGCCCAGCUGAUUUUGGCCCUAUGCCUGCUGGGCUGCCUCAGCCCCUUUACAGCUGCACUCGAGGAGGACUGUGUUGACUUUCAGGGCAACAAGGUGAACCACGGAAUGCUCUAUGUGCCUGGACCAGGAGUCUGUAGCCUUUGCGUCUGCUAUCACUCCGAACCACUCUGGUGCAAGGCCAUCUACUGUGAUCCACCCUAUUUUUGCAAAAACUUUCGAGUUGGCGAACGUUGCUGUGAGUUCGAGUGCUUGGAUCCGCCCGGCGAGGACAAACUGUACCAGGAACGCAUGCGAAAGAGGGCCGAGAUACUGGCCGGCAACAGUACGGCCUCGAAUGUGCAACUCGCCCCGAUUGCCAUGUCCACCAUAAUGCUGGGAUUCCUGGGCAAUAGCUUCCUGAACUUAUAACUUGAAGUCAAAUAGCAAGAGAUGGAGAUCAACUUAAGGCGAAGCUAAAUCACAAUAUCCUCAUUUUUUGUUGCUCCUAAAGCGUAGGACACUCUCUACCCAAAAAAAAAAAAAAAUUAUUACAGUGUAAUAAGCAAAGCUAAAAAGAAACCAGGCCACGUAUCUGUGGCAAAAUGUCUGAACUACAAUUGAAUGAAUGCAAAGAUGCAAAGAUCCAUAGAUGCAAAGAUGCAAAGAUACAAAGAUGCAAAGAAGCAAAGAUGCAAAGAUGCAAAGAUGCAAAGAUGCAUAGAUGCAUCGAGCCAUCGAUGCGUAGGUUUUCACUUAUAUCCCCAGACUUAUAAUAGAUACAAUAAUAAUUUCAAUGUACGUGGAACAGGAAACAGCUAGGGCAUGGAAAGUCGCCCCAAAUUGCAAAACAUUUUCGAGUACUUUCAAUGUGAUCCGAAUCCGAAUCCGAAUCCAAAUCGAAUCGGUAGAGCCAGCAGAUAUAGCAUAUACAUUUACAUCUACCUAAGUAUAGAUGAGUAAGCAACACCAAGAAACCAGAACAAACUCAUCAAGCGAACGUAUAAGACAGUCUCUAGCUCCUAAGACUCUAUAGUAAAAGAAAUAUAUAUAUAUAUAUAAUAUAUACAAAGAUAUAUGGACAUCUAUGUAAGCGUAUUGUAUAUAAGAGUAUAUAGCUCUAUGUACCGGAUCAAAAAUUGUUGAUUAGUGUUUAGCUAACUGAAUGAGGGCAACUUCUUCUAGGAAGAUAGGUUUUUUUUUUGUAAAUCCAAUAAAAAUGUUCACCAUAAGUCGCCGUAAGACACUUUACACCACAGUUCACCACAUUAGUUACGGCUCCUAGUAUAUAAAUAUUUUUUGGAGCUGUCUGAGCAUGGGCAAUAUUUUUAAAGUUAGUUUCUACCUAAAAAUAAAAAUGCAAAAAUUAUAAUAAAAGCUAGAAGGGAAUCGUUAGAAACGAUAAGUAAGAUUAGUAACAUUGGCAUUAUUGAAAUUCGAAAGCUGGACAGCUCUAUUUUCUUUCUAAUCACCAAACACGUUAAAAACUUCUAUAAAUGACGGUAAGGGCAGUGCGACAAAAAAAAUCUCGAUCUUAGUAAUGGGUAGUAAAUUACACAUACAUAUCUUGGCAACAUUUUUUCCAAUAAAAAUUAUUAUAACAGACACGGUCACGAAUGAAUCAUUAACUCUUGCAUUGGUGCUAAUUUUAUCGUAGGCUAAAAUAAAAUUAAAAUCACACACACACACCUCACAUCGCACAUCACACACCUCCAAUCAUAUUGAAUCAAAUUCUAUAUAUCAAUUAGGUAAUGUAAUCGAAAGCAAAACAAAGAGUAGUUAAUCAAUUAAAUGUAAUGAUUCAUAAUUUUGUGUAAGACAUUUGCCUAAGGUAAAUUAACGUUAACGAUAUAAUAAUAAAUUAAUAAUAAAAGUAACUAAUGAAAACCAACUUCUAUGUUAGGUUCUAAUUUUCCCACUUUGGAUAAAGCAAGCAAAAGAUUCGGCAAAGCUUAAUAGACAUGUAGGAAAAUCCCUUCAAGAAGAAUAGAUCUCGUUUCAACUUUAGGCUAAUGACUCUGAAGCCAUCUCCGUCUCUUUCUAUAUACAGAUAUAUAUAUAUAUAUAAAUAUAUAUAAAAUCUAUGAAUGUAGCAAAUAAAUCUAGAGAUAUAGCAGGACCAGCAGGAAAAACAUGAAAUUGUAAUGGAGUCGAUAAAAAAAAAAUCAAUCUAUGUGAAUGGGUUUCGCAAUCCAGAGAAAGAAGUUGGUCAAAUUUUUUUCCACUUGACAGCACAUCAAAGCAAAUUAAAUUUAACAAUAAAUACAUAUAUAAAAUGCGGGAUAUCCGAGAAAAACGUGGAGUACGGCUGUGAAAUUAUGUUUGCUUUAAAAUACAUAAACGCAACUGUAAAUAUUAAAUGAUCACUAAAGUAUAUAGGCCAUAAAUAUGGUAAAAACUAUUCAGAUCAAGUAGAGAUGGAAAUUCGAGAAAAAGUGAAAUGAAGCUCAGCGAGACAGGAAAUUAGAAGAAAGAAAGAAUAACUAAUUAACUGAAUGUACAAUUCAAUAUGCCACAACAUCUGACCAAUUAUGAUCCAUAACAGAUAAAAUAUAUAUAUAUACAAACAGAUAUGUAUACAUACAUCAAUCCAAGUAUCUGAUAAGAAAUAUGACAAAUUUUAAUUAAGCCAGAUCGGAAUAGAAACAGAUGAUGACAAUGAAAAUGAGAAUGAGAAUGAGAAUGAGAUUGAGAAUGGCAGAUUCGAAGCGCGCUUAACAAAUUUUUUAACAUAGACUCAACUAACAAAUGCAAAUUGGCUUUAAUUAACAACUAAUAACGAAUAAAAAUCACACGAAUAAUGAUUAUAACCCCGAGUUGAUAUUGAAAAAAAAAGGUAUUUGAGUUCUUUUCGAUCGAUUUUAGUUCUAGAUAGCAGUGUUGUGAAACAACCGAAAAACUUUUUCCUAAGCUUAAGCGCUUUGCCAUUUGCAGGAACCCAAAGAUCCUCGAAAAAAUGUUUUAUAUAAACGAUGAAGUGGGCUACAGGCAGGAUAUAAAGCUCAUUCGAUUCCAAUAACUGGAAUACAAAUCGAAAUGACAGUUUUUAAUAUAUUCCUUCAGUUUAAUACGAUGUAUGCAUAAAUUCGUAAAGAAAAUUAAUAAAGCCAUUUCAACACUGGCAACGUGAAAGGGAGAGCGAACAUAGCAAAAAUGAUAGAGAUAGCAUAUAACUAAUUUAUUCUUUGGGCUAUAUAUCCUGCCUACCAGACUGGAAAUUAUUAAUCUUUAUUACUGAUAUUAAUUAUUGUAGAACAGGAAAUAUUUUACAAUUCUUAAACCUUACCAAACCAAAUCCAAAAAAAAGGCAAACAAAACUAUUAAACUUGACAAUUUUUAAUGUAAUCGAAAACAAUGUUAUAACAAGAAUGUCUAAUGAGAAAACUUUAAGCAAAUACAAAAACUUCUUAAUUAAAAUUAAAAACAAUGCAACAAAUGUCAUAAAAUGUUAACCGAUAAUUUCGCAAAAGAGGCAAAUCCAAAAUCAUGUACGCAUACCUUAAUAUAAUAAUAAUAUUAAUUCUAAUACCAGGAAAAUUUUAACAAAAAUAUACAAAUAUUUUCACAAUAGCUUAAAAUAACAGUACUUGUGUCAUUUAUUUUUUUUUUUUGGGGCAUACUCGUAUAAUCAUAUCAUAUCAUAUCAAAAACUAAGCAUAAAUAUUAAUAAUUAAUAUUGAUCAAACAUUUGCGGAAUAUCGACCAUUUGAUUAAACUUAUCAGUUGAUUAAUAUAAAUGCUUGCCAAAUUGAUGAUGGUCAAUGAACAAGGCCCCCCUCGUUGCCAAAAUUCUGUUAUCAAAAAUACAUUAUCUAAAUGGUCCAAAGCAAAGGUUGCAUAGAGAAACCCCAACGAUUAGAUUUCAAACGAAAUCGAAUAUGCAUUAUGUUCUUCGAGUUGCUGGCGUUUUUAUAUUUAAGAUUUAGUGUUUGUUUGCUCUGCGAUAAUUGAUAUAUUUGGACAGGAAGCUAUUAAUCAGCUGCGAUAAGAAGAAUUCUCCAAGAUCAUCAUACACACACACAUACAUACGUCGUCUAAAAGGGCCAAUCUCAGAUUGUAGACUCAACUGUUGAUAGUUGUUAGGUGCCCAAAAAGACACAGUAAUUUUAUUGAUUUUGCAAUAUUUGAUUUCGAACAAUCGUCAUAAUUCUAAACUAUUCGAUAAGCCCACUUGAAAAUACAAAUGUUCAUAGUCCAAGGAUGAAAUCUUGAAAGCAAACCAAACCAAACCCGAAAAAGAAACAAUCAUAGAUAUUUGAAAAAAAUAUUUAUUAUACUCGUAUUUAAUUGUUUCCUUUUGCUUUCGCACACUAUCGCCUUUGAUUUGUCUUUAAAGUAAACCGCAUAGUAUUUACAAAGUUAAGUUAACACUUUACCAGACAGAUACACAAUAUAUUUGAAUACAAUACACAAAUAUGUAGGUGUUAGUUCAAAGAUCCCUUAAAUUCCUUAGAUGCCAUGAGGUGAUAUUAGAUAAAUAGUACAUUGAAUCCAUUUCGGGAUUCAAUUGUAAGCGAGUAAGGAAAUACCUUUAAAUGGGAACCCUAACCUAGUUAGGGAAUGUCUUGUAAAAAUAAAAUACGUAUUGUUUUAAACAAAAAAAAAAGAACUGGCUUAACUGCUCGUCAAGUGGUCGAUUGUAAAAAUCAACCAGAAUUCGCCCUACAUAAAGUAUGUAAUGUCGUUUGCAAGAUUAGUCGUCAUUCACAAUAUGUGUUUAGAUAUUUAUUUAAUUUUAAUUACAUAUCAUUUGGUGUAAUCAUCUAACAAGUACACGCGGCAACAGGAUUAAAUGAUAACAUGCAACUAUCAUAUAAUCUAGGCGGAUAAAAACCUAAUCGAAAUUGCUUGGAUUUUAACAAUUCCCUAAUAAUCCAAGCCAUUUCGAGUUAGACAUGUUCUUCUGUUCUUCCUGUUGCAUCGUGUAAGGGAUAGAGUUAAUGUUUUUUGGUUUGCUGUUUUAGUUGCUUUUUGGUAUGUGUUGCCUACAAAAGAGUUAAAGUCUGACAGUCGAGGAUCGCAGUUUUGUGAUUGCUACUCCUAAUACUCAUUUUUUUGGUGCCUGAAUUAGUCAAACUAUUUGAAAGUGAGUGGAUGUUUUGCUGCGUGGACUGUAGCCGAAAUCGUAACAUGGAAUUGGCUUUUCAAGUACACUGUUUCGUUAACAUUUCGAUGUGUCUAAAAUAUUAUGCAAGUGCGUAAAAUCUACAAAAUGAUGCACAUGUUGACUUCCACAAACAAACACAGGUGAUUUAUGUUCG